CAAGUUUCAGUUAUUUCCCUUUUCAACGAGAAAUCGUACACAAAAACACGUGUGACAUGGGAGGGGAGAGGAAAAAGAAGUAUGAGCGAGGAGAAGCUACAGCGUUUAUGUCCAGAAAUCAAGCUGUCAACAAACUCCAGCUGACUCUGGCUGAUUUCAGACGCUUAUGCAUUCUAAAAGGAAUUUAUCCUCAUGAACCCAAACACAAAAAGAGGGUGAACAAGGGAAGCACAGUGCCUAAGACCUACUACUUAGUCAAAGACAUCAACUUCCUGGCUCAUGAACCGAUCAUUAACAAGUUCAGGGAGUUUAAGCACUUUGUUAGGCGUCUUAAGAAGGCCAUCAACAAAAGAAAUAAAGAUGCAGAGCAAAGGAUUCGCAGCAACAAACCCAAGUAUAAAGUUGACCACAUAGUUAAGGAAAGAUACCCUUCAUUUCAAGAUGCCCUGGGAGAUCUGGAUGAUUGUCUGUCCAUGUGUUUCCUGUUUGGCACCAUGCCACAGAGUGCACGGAUACACAUGGAGUACAUCAACCAUGCCAGGAGACUCACAGUGGAGUUCAUGCAUUAUAUCAUAGCAUCGCGAUCACUAAGGAAGGUUUUCAUCUCCAUAAAAGGAGUAUACUUCCAAGCAGAAGUAAUGGGACAGACUUUAACUUGGGUGGUGCCUCACAGUUUAGGAUUUCAGCAUCCAGAUGAUGUGGACUACAAAGUAAUGCAGACUUUUGUAGAGUUUUAUACAACAUUACUGGGAUUUAUAAACUACAAGCUCUACCACAGCCUUAACUUACAUUACCCUCCAAAGAGAUUAUCAGCACUGUCUCAGUCCCUGAAGUCUAUAGAUGAGGGUGGAGGAGAGGAUGAAGUCCAAUUAGACGAGUUUCCCGCCACUGACACUGAUGACCCAGAUCGAGUUGAGAGGGCUAAAGUGGAAGCCGAGAGAGUGAAAAAAUUACAGAAUCUGUUCAAAGGAAAGAAAUUCUUUCUCAAUAGAGAGGUGCCUAGGGAGACAUUAGUAUUCAUUAUCAGGAGCUUUGGGGGAGAAGUUUCCUGGCAUAAGUCUGUCGCUGUAGGAGCCACAUUCCCAGAAUCAGAUGAAACCAUUACACACCAGAUCGUGGACAGGCCCCAGACAAAGAACCAGUAUCUCUCACGGUACUACGUACAGCCUCAGUGGGUGUUUGACAGUGUGAAUGCUAAUAGUCUGGUCCCCGUGGAGCACUACUUUCCUGGGGCCACCCUCCCUCCCCACCUGUCUCCCUUUGUUGAGGAGGAGGAGGGUGAUUACAUCCCUCCAGAGAGACAGGCCAUGAUCAACAGACAGCUGGGGGUGCAGGAAGACUCAGGAGUUGAAGAGGAUGAGGAUGCAAGUGAAGAUGAAGAAAAUGAGGAGGAAGAGGAAGAUGAGGACCAGGAAGAUGAUGAGGAGGAGGAAGAGGAAGAAGAGAUUGAAGAAAGUGAAGAGGAGAAGAAAAAGAAACAAGGAAAGAAUAAAAGAAAACUUGAGGAGUCUUCAGAAGUUGAUAAUGCUAAGAAGCUGAAUAUGUCAGUAGAGGCAGGUGCGCCCGAGAAUAUAAAUGUAGAACAGAAACUCCAGCGACAAACAAUGGAGGAGAGGAGACUGGCAGAAAUGAUGAUUCCCAAGAAAAAGAAACGUCUGUACGACAAAAUCAUGUACGCCAAGAAGAAGAAGAACCAGGAGACAAGAAAAUUGAAGGAAAAACGGGAGGCAAUCGAGGAACAAAAGAAGGCAGGCAGUAAGAAAAAGAAGAAGAAAGUGUAAUUACUUUGAAAAACAGUGUAGGGAGGGGGUAUAUUUUAAAUAAUAAAUGUCACACACAAAU